AACACAGGCAAGAUAAACCAAAUCAUAUCCCUGUUAUCUCAGGCAUUCCUCAAGCAGAGCUGCUAUAACAUGCCCUGUGACGAAAACCCAAGUAUUUCUCAACGCCUUGGAGACCUAGUGCCUCUAGUUGGACAGCCGGACAGAGUCAUGUAUUCCCAGUAUUAUGAGUAAACCGGUGGAGUGUGUUUAUGUGCAUGUGAGAUGUGUAAUAUGACCAAGGGGCAGCUUGAGUACAGGAUAAAAAGGGUGGGAGUUUCCUUCUGGGGUCCUGUCCUAACUUUCUCUCUCACUUACACACACUAACAGCUCUGAGAGAGAUACUUUUACAUGUUCUGAAGGCAUUAUGGACAGCGAGUGACGGGGUAAGACAGCAGAGAACAACUCAGAACAAGAGAAGAGGAUUUUGUCCAGCUGAUCUAGUGUCCUCGCAGUCGGACAGGCAGCAUGUAUUGGGACGUGGCCCUCUGGAGCGCCGGGAUCUGGGCGAUUCUGAGUUUAGCUGCUGGACAACUGACCGAGCAGGAGAAAUCAACCAUCGUGGACAUGCACAACAAGCUUCGCUCUCAGGUUCAGCCCAGCGCCGCCUUCAUGCAAAAAGUGGUGUGGGACGAGACACUGCGUGUGGUGGCGGAAGCUUACGCAGCAAAAUGCAUCUGGGACCACAACCCUGACCUUCAGAAACUCACUUUGGGUGAAAAUCUCUAUCUCACCACUGGACCUUUUAAUGCAACCGCAGCAACGGUUAGCUGGUUUGAGGAAAAUGUGGAUUAUAACUAUGAAAACAAGUUCUGUCCUGAAGACAAAAUGUGUGGCCAUUACACUCAGAUGGUGUGGGCAGACACCAAUAGAAUUGGCUGUGCUACUCACUUCUGUGACACUGUUGAGGGUCUAGGUUUCAGUAAGUCCACUCUUCUCGUCUGUGAUUACUAUCCUCAGGGAAAUGUUCCAGGACAUUUUCCAUACGUGUCUGGAGAGCCGUGCUCAAAGUGUCCAGAAAACCUGCCAGUGUGUGAGGAGGAAAUCUGCGUGCGUGAGAAUCUCUUCCAUCCAUCCGAGGAGCCGGACGUCACUGAAGAUCCGACUGUCUUACCUGAGCGCUCCCGCUGGACCACGGAGCCCGUCGAUUUUCCCCGAGAGCCCACACGUGUGCCUGAUAAAGUAGAUGAGACCGGCAUGAAAAAAACAACGAAACAAAUGAGUCAUGGAUCCAAGAUGGAAAGCGUCACAUCUCAUCUACUGAUGCUCAUCGUGCUGGCGCUUGUUUUGUGAGGGUCUGGAGUGGAUGAGAUCCUUCAUAACCUGAUAAGACACAUACACAACGCAUAAGAUGUGUGUGUGCACUGCAAAAAUGAUUGUCUUCCUCAGUAUUUUUGUCUUGUUUUCCAGUACAAAUAUCUAAACGUUCAUAAAUCAAGAUACAUUUUCUUGAGAAG